UUGAGGCGAGAGGCUGGGCCUCGCUUCCCCCUCCUCCUCCUCCUCCGGCAGCGGCGGGGAUGGCCGCUAAAAGUUCAACUCCCAAGACACCUACCUUAUCUGUCAGUGCAAGAAAAAUUAAAGAUAAUGCAGCAGAUUGGCACAAUCUAAUAAUGAAGUGGGAGACACUGAAUAACAAUGGAUUUACGACUGCUACAAAAAUUGUGAACAUCAAAAUUGCUACAGAAUCGAAAGAAAACAAAUUGGAAAUAGAUAAUGAGAAUAUUUUCUCCGAACCUGGAAAACUAUCAUCUGACUACAACGUAGAAUUGGAGGCCUGCUGUACAGAACUACUCGAGAUCUUCAAAAAUAUGGUAAAAAUACAUCAGAAAAUGGAAAAACUGUGUUCAACAACCAAAGGGAUCUGCAACUUAGAAACAUAUCAUCAUGGAGAUCAUGCAAAACCAUUCUUCCAUACGUGGCCCACUCCCUACUUCUAUGAAGUUUCAGUCAAGCUGUUGGACAUGUAUUCAAAUGAACUAAAACUGAAAGACACUAUUGUGCAAGAGAUUGCGCAUACAGCUGACCAAGAUCUCCUGAUGGUUUACUUAUCCUCAUGGUUAUACCAGCCUUACAUAGAGAACACCAGCACUGUAAUACUAGAAAGUAUGUUAUUAGAAACAGGACACAGACCUGCCUAACCCUUUCUACUAAAAAUUGCAAUAAUGACUACUAUGUUAAUGUUGUUGACCUAGUGACAUUGUAUUUUUGCUUUUGUACUUCCAACUGUAUUUGAAAAGUGGAUUAUUUUCUGUAGAUUUGGGUGGGAUCACAAAGUAGAAUAAAGACAGUUCUAAAACAA